AUUUACAGCAGAACCUCCAUCCACAUGCAUAACAAGGGACUCUAAUGGAGCACUGUAAGAUGAGAUGACAUCUGUGUGUUUUACGCAGUGAAAUCCGAGCAAAGCCAGAAUCGCGUAAAUGAACUCCAGUGAAGCAUCAGCUCAGCCUCAUGUCGUUUCUGGACUGCUCCUGUAUCUCCUCCCACUCACGAGUCCAGUCCUUCAGCAUAGAGGAGCAGUAUGAAGACAUCAGCCAGCAGUGCUCGAGCAGUGAUGUCUCUCCGUGUUCUGUGUUGAUGGAUGAGGAUGACAUCACAGGUCUCUCCACUGACCCCGCCCACUAUCAGCUGCUCUCCCAACUGGGCCGGGGCUUUAAUAACCUCAGUCAGGUGAGCAUGGCUCGACACACACUGUCUGGCCGGCUGGUGGCGGUGAAGAACACUGACCUGGAUGAGUGCACAGAAGAUGAGCUGCUGCAGCUGAUGAAUGAGGUUCUGUUGUCCAGAUUGUUCCGUCACCCGAACCUGCUGACGUCCAGACAGGUGUUCAGCUCGUGCUGUCAGCUCUGGGUUCUGUCUCCUCUCAUGAGCUACGGCUCUGCAGAAUCUCUGCUCCGGUCUUAUUUUCCGGAUGGAAUGAGCGAGUCUCUGAUAGCGUACCUGCUGUACGGGAUGCUCCGAGCGCUGAAGUACCUGCAUCACAUGGGUUACGUGCACAGGGGUGUGAAGGCCAGUCAUGUGCUGCUGUCAGCUGAAGGCCGUGUGUGUUUGUCGGGACUGCAGAGCGUGUACAGUCUGAUGAAGGAUGGCAAGAGAAUGAGAGCAGUGUUUGACAUGCCUCAACACAGUCUGUCUCUGCUGCCCUGGCUGAGUCCUGAGCUGCUGCGACAGGAUCUUCACGGCUAUGGAGUGAAGUCAGACGUCUACAGUCUGGGAAUCGUGGCGUGUGAGCUGGUCAGUGGCAGAGUGCCGUUCCAGGACAUGCCGCCCACUCUGAUGCUGCUUCAGAAGCUGCAUGGUUCUCACUGCUGUCUUCUCGACGUUCCUCCUUAUCCUCUUGGAGACAUGGGUGCGCUCAGGGUGUCCCGCUCCGGUGUGGAUUCGGGGAUCGGCGAGAGUGUUGCGACCGGAAGUCUGACCCGUACUGCCACAGCGGAGAGACCUCAAAGCCCCGCCCCCAAAAACCACUCGGCCACACUGCACAACCUGGUCCAGCUGUGCCUGCAGCAGCAGCCUGAGCGCAGGCCGUCUGCGACAGCUCUCCUCACCCAUCCCUUCUUCAGACAGGUGAAGAAACACACGAGGGACUCUUUCCUCAGUUUGAUGUAUCCGGCCGUGCCAGUGUCCUGUCCUCCAGAUACGCCUCCGUCUGAAACAUCCACCCAGACCUGCAACACCCCGUCACCCACCCACCCUGAGCCCGAGGAUGGCUUGUGGGAUUUCUCCUGAACCUCGUCGUCUGUUUCUGUCUCUCUCGUCCAUUUCUUGAUUGUUUCUCGAUAAAUAUAUUCCAUAUUAAUUUGUCCUAACCAGCAGCUAGAUUUGGUCAUUUGCUGUUCAGUUGGUUUGUGUUUAUGUCACACCAUGUUACUUUAGCCCCGCCCACAGUGAACUCUAACUAAAUCCCAUCUCUAUAUGGACCAAAGUAUUGAUGACAUCAUCUUGCACUCAUGGGCGUGUUGACAUUUUUAUCUAAUCAAAAAUUUGCCUAGACAUUUCCUGAUUAACAAGAGCAAUUAUAUACUCGUUAAUAAUGUCUGUGCCCUCAACUAAAAGCCUGUUAGCUUGGGCUGCACGAUUCAUCAAAAUAAAACUGAAAUUGUGA